UAUUCUGUUGGUUUUAUAGCUUGCCUCUGCCUUUUUUACAUUUUUCUAGUUCAUGUUUUAAAAAAGCCUGGGUGCAAGCCAGACAGCAUUGAGAACAACACUAAAGCUGCCCAAAUUUUACCACGGCUUCUUGCGUUGGUUGUACAAGCUGCUGAUAAAGGAAACCCCAGACUUUCUGCUACCAGUAUUGUGAGGAUACAAGUGUUAGAUGUUAAUGACAAUGCUCCAGUUGUCCAACCACUAGGUGAAGUGGAGGUCCCAGAAAUUGAUGAUCAUGAAAAGGAGGACCCAGGACCUCCUGAGUUCACAUCCCAGCAGACAUCUGAUGCCCUGCCUGGUUUUAUAGUGACUCGGGUGUCAGCAAGUGAUGUGGACUCCAGGCCAGCACUUCAGUUUGGUUUUAUUUAUGAUAAUAGUCCUGGAAUGAAAUUUGCCAUCGAUCAACACACUGGUGUAGUCACAGUGGUGGAACCAUUAGAUUUUGAAGAAACUACUGUGUAUAAGCUGAGGAUCAUAGUUUCAGAUUCUGUACAUCAAACAGAAGCAGAACUUGCCAUCCUUGUUUUGGACGUCAAUGAUAAUCCACCAGUGUUUACUCAGGAUUUGUAUCAGGUGGGAAUGUGGCAAAUGGACAAGAAACAUGUGAUGUCUUUCCAUAGACGAUGA